UGAACACACACACACGAAGGCAGCAGACCCGCUCUCCUGCUGUUACCCGAGGCACCUGGGUUAGCAGACCCGCUUCUGAAGCGAACACACACACACGCGCGCGAGCACACACACACACACACACACACACACACACACACACACACACUCAGUCUGCGGGUUGGCUGGAGCUUGGAAGUCACAGAUUCCCUAGGAAAUCUCCAGAGGCACUGGAAUAAGUAUUACCCCACACACACUAAUUACUACUUCUCGGCACUUUGGUGAAGCAAUGAAUCCCGCCCAGCUCGGCGCUGUAUCCAGGUCUCGGUUCUAUUUUUGUCUCCAGGCUCUUCUGCGUGUAUGCCAGGUUUGAAAGUCCUAUUUGCUUCUCCUUCUGUAGUUUGGCGUAGAGGGCGGGGCCAGGGGCAACUGAACUCUCAGAUUCUCCACCACCGGUCCCAGACCAGCCCAGCGCUGGCAACCGCGCGGGGUGCGAGACUCUGCAUGCCAGCGAGCCCCACAGCCCUCACCGAGCCUCUGGGUCCCGCGUCACCCCGCCUCGCCCGCCCCACCCCUCUAGUUUCGCAGCACCAACUAAUCUCCUUUUCUCUUCCAAGAUCAAGGGAGAAAGCGAGCCAGCGCCUGGCUUCGGACUCUAAGCGGUGCGCAGCUCGCGCGCGGGCGGGUCGAUCCCGAACCCGCGCAGGGCUCCUCGCUCCCCCAGCCGCCACCAAGUCGCAGCCAGGGUGGACCCGAAGCCAACACGGAGGCAGGUUUAAAUGCUUAUUUGGCUACUUGUCUACUGAAUACAAAAUGAAUAAUUCAACAAACUCCUCCAAUAAUAGCCUGGCUAUUACCAGCCCUUAUAAGACUUUUGAAGUAGUAUUUAUUGUCCUUGUGGCUGGAUCCCUCAGUCUGGUAACUAUUAUUGGGAACAUCCUGGUCAUGGUUUCCAUUAAAGUCAAUCGCCACCUGCAGACUGUCAACAAUUACUUUUUAUUCAGCUUGGCCUGUGCUGACCUCAUCAUAGGUGUUUUCUCCAUGAACCUAUACACCCUCUACACUGUGAUUGGCUACUGGCCUCUGGGACCUGUAGUGUGUGACCUUUGGUUAGCUUUGGACUAUGUGGUCAGCAACGCCUCAGUCAUGAACCUGCUCAUCAUCAGCUUUGACAGAUACUUCUGUGUCACGAAGCCUUUGACCUACCCAGUUAAGCGGACCACGAAAAUGGCAGGCAUGAUGAUUGCAGCUGCCUGGGUCCUCUCCUUCAUCCUCUGGGCACCGGCCAUUCUCUUCUGGCAGUUCAUAGUAGGGGUGAGAACUGUGAAGGAUGGGGAAUGCUACAUUCAGUUCUUCUCCAAUGCUGCUGCCACCUUUGGCACUGCCAUCGCAGCCUUCUACUUGCCAGUAAUCAUCAUGACUGUGCUGUACUGGCAUAUAUCCCGAGCCAGCAAGAGCAGGAUAAAGAAGGAAAAGAAGGAGCCUGUGGCCAAUCAAGAUCCAGUGUCUCCAAGUCUGGUGCAAGGAAGAAUAGUGAAGCCAAACAACAACAACAUGCCCAGCAGUGACGGAGGCCUGGAGCACAACAAAAUCCAGAAUGGCAAGGCCGUCAGAGGUGCUGUCACAGAAAACUGUGUGCAGGGGGAGGAGAAAGAGAGCUCCAAUGACUCCACUUCAGUCAGUGCUGUGGCCUCCAAUAUGAGAGAUGACGAAAUAACCCAGGACGAGAAUACAAUAUCCACUUCCCUAGGCCAUUCCAAAGAUGAGAGUUCCAAGCAAACAUGCAUCAAAAUUGUCACCAAGACGCAAAAAGGUGACUCAUGCACACCGAGUCAUACCACUGUAGAGCUAGUUGGGUCUUCAGGUCAGGAUGGAGAUGAAAAACAGAACAUCGUAGCCCGCAAGAUUGUGAAGAUGACUAAGCAACCUGCAAAAAAGAAGCCUCCUCCUUCCCGGGAAAAGAAAGUAACCAGAACAAUCUUGGCUAUUCUGUUGGCUUUCAUCAUCACCUGGGCUCCGUACAAUGUCAUGGUGCUCAUUAACACCUUCUGUGCACCCUGCAUCCCUAAUACAGUGUGGACAAUUGGUUACUGGCUCUGUUAUAUCAACAGCACUAUCAACCCUGCCUGCUAUGCACUUUGCAAUGCCACCUUCAAGAAGACAUUUAAACACCUCCUUAUGUGUCAUUACAAGAACAUAGGAGCUACAAGGUAAAGGCGUCUGGAAAAGAAGGAAAGGUGGUCAAAGGGAGCUUGAGAAGAACACAAAGGAUGAAAGAGCCCCCACAUUUAAUAUCUCUGCCAUUGCACUUUAUAGUCUAUUAUGGAAUGUGCAAUUAAGGAGCUCAACUGUGACACUCAGCUCGUGCUCGUGUUUCAGUCUGAAAAACCUUGUCCCUUAUCAACCCAUCCAGUUAGGAGCAAGGGGACAAUGAGACACGUUGGCAUGGCUGAUUUAAGGAGUAAUCUCUGCCGUCUCGUAUUUUCUUGAGAAGGGCUUCUGAAUCUACGGUUUUACCAGUCUCUGCACAAGAAGAAUAAUGUUGAUCUCUUUUUGUUUCUCUUUGUUGUUGUUCUCAUGGGUCUGUCCAUGCAUAAGGAUGAAACGGCACAGCUCCACGCUGACAUGGACACUCGAACAUAAAGAAGUGGACACUACUUAGUGGAGACAUGAGGAGAGCAAUUAAAAGAAGGCAGCCAUGGUCUCCAGAGUAUUGAGCGUGUUCUGUUCUUGUUGGAUGGUAUUAUUUGCAGGAUUGUACUGUAAUUGAUCCUGAUUUUUUUCACCUUUUCCUCUUCCCACCAUAAAAAGCAAGCAAAAACACAGAACUCCAUGUAGGUCACACCAUUUUUUUCUUGUUACUGCAUUGAUUUUUGUACCUUCCUGCUCUACAUUGUGUGUAGGUAAAAUCUGUGAAAUUUUCAGUAAAUCCAGUGAGAGCCAGCCAUGCAUUGGGGCACUUCAGCCAUCUCUACUAUAUCCUUGGUAUUUUUGGGGGUUAUAAAUGCCCACUAGCAUUUAGUUCACCUCUUGUUUUUUGUGUAGAAUUUUUUCACCAACAUUUCCCCCUAAAGUAUCCUUUAUUUUAACAGAAUAGUCUACUUGAAACAUAAAUAUGCUUGAGAAACAAAGGCAUUCCAAAAUUAAUUUCAUCAGUUAAAAAAUGUUCAAUCUAGUUGAAGAAAGUUCACUGGGGCCAGAUGGAUUUUGAGAUGAGCAAAUAGACAGUGAAAAGGUCAUUAUGCUUGACCUGGAGCCUCCCUGACCUGUGUAUGAAAUGUUAACUUGUGUAACAUGAACUCCUGACUUCGCAGGCAGGAAGAAGAUGUUGCUUUAUCCAUUUGGAAUCUUAAACAAGAUUAGUUUACUGAGGCAGUCCCAAGAGACUCAGACAUUCUGUCCAAUGCCUGCUAAUGGAUGAUAUUUGAAUUAUAUUCAAGGAUGGCUAUAAUCACUCUGUGAAUAGUGAAAGGGGAAAAUGUAAUACACAAGCAUUUACUGAAACUAUAUAUUCCAUGUUCCUCAAAUUGUCAAUUCUCUUUAAGAUCAUUUACCCUCAAAAUUCUCCAAUCUGUAGAAUUAUAGCAAUCUUUGUGAUAGAAAUAUAGUGGCUAUAGAUGCCAAACAAGCUCAGAGAAUAUAACAGAAAGAUGUAAAUGGCCCUUCUUACAUUCCUUCUCACCUUCUAAUUCUAGUCCAUGAAAACCCCAUGUCAGAGAGUAUUAUUUAAGUGGCAGCAUUAUAUAAAAUAGUGUCUGUGUUGAAACUUUUUAUUUAAUAGUCAAAAUAAAUAUGCUUUUAUUGAUUCCCAUUUAACUUUAUUUUAUCUUAUAUCCUUUUUUGUAUUAUUCACUCUUGUCUUCCAGUCAUAUUUUCUAAAAAUGGCCUAACUGAUAGAAAUUAAAUUUAUAAAUGCCUUUUCAAAUUUUAUAUUCUGCUUUGUAAUACCUUGCCCAGUAAUAAUGAUAUGAGCUACAUGAAGAAUGUCAGUAUUAAGCCUCAUAACUUAUUAACACUCUUUUAUAUUACUUAUGUCAUUACUGGCAUCUCAAAAAUUUGAAGAGUUUAAAAAAAUAAGCCCAAGAGAAAUUAAAAAAAAACACUGUAAAUAAGAAACCAAUUGCCAACAAUAUUUGAAUAUGUUCUUUAUAAAAAUAACUUCAUGUUCAAGUAACUUCACUUGUUUCUCCCCAAAAUCUCUAUGUGUAUACUUACAGCAGUUCAUUAAAUCCCUUUAGUCCACAAUUAUACCACUGUAUAUGUUUACAUUUUAAAUCCAUAUUUUUUGUUCUUUCAAAUCAACCAAUGAAUUGAUCAGAAAAAACAUCAAGCCAAUGUGAACAACAAAAAACAAAAAAAAAAUAGCCUACUGUUUCAGUUUUUAAACAUGUUAUGUUAUUUGAUACAGAUUUAACUUCACUUGGGAUAAACCUUUUGGAGCUCAAGAUUCAGGUCUGGAGGUCAGAUUUUGUUUGCUCUCCCAGCCAGGUCAUCAAGAGCCCACCUGUCUCACUCUCAUUGGCUCUUCAACCUUCCCUUUCUUCUAUUAGUUCUUGAUAUGUGCCCAAGCUAUAACUUCAUUGGAAAAGGAGCUGUUACAUUCAAGAAAAAAAAUCAAAGACAAAUGAUACCAUGGAAAUCUUUCCAAUGAGAAUCAGAAAAUAGGAAAAGUGAUUAAAGAUAAGUGGAGUAAUAGAGAUUAUAGUCAAGGACUUGCAUUAACUCUUGCUAGUUUUGCUUAUUGCAGUGAUGGUCAGUCAGGGGCAAUUUCCCUUCCAGGAGACACUAUCAAUAUGUAGAGACAUUUUCGACUGUGGAGAAUAGGAGGAAGCAUUGGUAUCCAGUGUGUAGAAGCCAAGUGUAUUGCUGUGGCUACCGAGCAGACUACGACAUUCAGGAUAGACUCCACACUCUUUCCAAACAAAAACUGGUUGUCUCAAAGUAUCAAUAAUGUCAAGGCUAAGACACUCUCAUUUUUGUUACAUUUCUAAAGUUUAUAUCCUGUAAGUGAGAAAAUAAUCUUAGACUAGUUUUAGAAGAUCAGUGAUAACUGCUUACUGUUGGAAAAAAAAAAGUAAUACUCACCAAUCAUGUAUCAGAAAUUCCCCUUCUGGUAUAAUUAAAAUGCACAGAGUGAGAACCGGGCCACAACUAUAUACUGAAACUCACCAGACCAUCCACAUUAUUUCCAGCAUUUUAGUGUCUAAUCAUAAUCACCACAAAGUUAAUCAAGAGAUUGCAGCAGUUAUUCGGCAAAAUGUUUGCAGUUGAUAUGGUCAGUUUCAUUGGAACUGCCAUUUUUCCUUUCAACACAAUGAAACACCCCUUUAAAAACAAUGAUUCAUCACUUUUGUUUUUUCUUGAAACAUCAGUAUCUGUCCAGUAUUUAUUUCUUCUCUACUCACAGCAAUAAUAUAAAUACAGCACAGUGGUCUUGUAAGAAGAUAAAUUUAAGUAUAUGGAGAGAGCCAAUUCAUUUCUUAAUAAAAUAAAUGAUUGUCCUUUUGCCAAUCCACCAUCAAUUUAUUGUCAGAUCCCAAGUAUUAGGUCUAAGUCACCAAAAUAAUAAAUCACCAGGGACAAGAUCUCUGGUUUUCCUUGUGGCAGCUGGAGGUCCCACACACUCCUGCUUUUUGUCCACUCAUUGCUUUGCAGUUUAGAAAAGAUGAUAUUGGGAGAGAUAGAAGUUCAAAUCGAUGGCAACAGUUAUUUAGCAAUUAAGUCUACUUUUAUUUUCUUCUACUGAGUUCAUUGACCGUUACUUCCUCCCCACCAGUUUGAUAAUAACCCUUUCAACCACCAUCGCAUUGGUAUUCAAAUAGAUUAGGAAAGCACCCACAGCUGGAUGAACUUGUGCAAAGUAUAUUUUUAGCAUGUAUAUACAAUACCACGCCUCUUCAAUAUGCUUCUGUGAAAGGGGUGCACGCUGUAGCAUGAACUGUGUGCAUAUUAAUGUAUCUUUCUGGAAUAUGCUGUAUGCUUAAUAUAUAUAUAUAUAUAUUCUAUAAAUA